UCACCGGAAGGUAAACCAGCCAUUCAGCUAGCGAUCGAGCACCACCUAUUUGAUACGGUUCGUCUGCUUUGUCAACAAGGCGCUAAUCUCAACAUCAACAACUUACCACCUGUUGUUGUCAGAGCCGGCGCUAGUCCUUGUUUGUCAGCGGCAGAUGAUCCGGCCGGUCGGUGUCCUCUUUUCCUCGCUCUUUCGUCUGGCCAAGAGGAGCUAGUCGAUAUGCUGAAUAAUGGAUCACGAUCAGUUUCCUGGGAAAGAUUCCAUCUUAAAAGUUCACCAUAA